CGUUGUCUCUCCAAACACUCGUCUAGGCUUUCUAUUCUGGGGAUAUUUUCUGUUUCUCUCAAGCAAUGGCGCGAAAAGUAUUAGGACUGGCGGCGGCCGAGCAGCUGUCGCUGUUGCGGAUUGCUAUUCUCGGCCUGAUUUCAGUGGUUGCUAUUGGCAGCCGCUUGUACUCGGUAAUUCGGUUCGAGUCCAUCAUCCACGAGUUCGACCCUUGGUUCAAUUUCCGCACGACAAAGUACCUCGUAAACAACGGAUUCGACAGCUUCUGGAACUGGUUCGAUGAGACGGCCUGGUACCCGCUGGGCCGUGUUGUUGGCGGCACAGUGUAUCCUGGCAUCAUGGUGACAUCGGCGACGAUCUACAAUGCGCUGCACUUUCUGAACAUUCCUGUGGAUAUCCGCAAUGUGUGCGUGUUCCUGGCGCCCGUGUUCUCGGCGUUUACAGCCAUUGCCACGUACCAUAUGGGCAAGGAAGUCAAGAACGCAACAGCUGGUUUGCUGGCGGCAGCGUUCAUUGGCGUGGCACCUGGAUACAUCUCGCGGGGAUUGCGAUCUUCCUGCUCGUGUUCACCUUCUUCCUGUGGCUGCGGUCGGUGCGGCUUGGGCUCGGCGCUGUACGCAGCGCUGACUGCUGUGUUCUAUUUCUACAUGGUGUCGGCGUGGGGCGGAUACGUGUUCAUUAUCAACCUGAUCCCGCUGCAUGUGUUUGCGCUGCUGGCCAUGGGCCGGUACAGCAACCGACUGUAUGUGUCGUAUUCGACAUUCUACGUGCUGGGCACCCUAGCUAGCAUGCAGAUCCCGUUCGUCGGAUUCCAGCCGACGCGCACCAGCGAGCACAUGGCGGCGCUGGGCACAUUUGGCCUCCUGCAGCUGGUUGCGUUCGCCCAUUUUGCGCGCACCUUGGUGCCCCAGCACCACUUCCAGGUUCUGCUGCGCGGCGCUGUUGUGUCGCUGUUUGUGGUUGGACUUGGCGGCCUGUGGACCGGCCGCUUCUACUCGCUGUGGGAUACCGGCUAUGCCAAGAUCCACAUUCCGAUCAUCGCGUCAGUGUCCGAGCACCAGCCGACUCCGUGGCCCAACUUCUUCUUUGACCUGAACUUCCUGAUCUGGCUCCUGCCGGCCGGUAUUUUCUUCAGCUUCCGCGAGCUGACCGACAACCACGUGUUCCUGAUUCUCUACUCGAUCUUCGCCGCGUACUUUGCCGGCGUCAUGGUGCGUCUGAUCCUGACUCUGACGCCAAUUCGUACUUACUUGAAUGUCAAGGAUGUCGAAGCGGCCGGAUCCGAGGCUGAGGCGGUGCCUGUGGCCAAGACUGAGGCUGUCGCUGGUGUCCCUGCAGCUGAACAGAUCUCUGUUAGCAAGAGUGGAAAGAAGGGCAAGGGCAAGAAGAGCGAGAAGACCGAGGAGCCAGCGAAAAGUGAGCCGGCACCCUCGAGCAAGCCAGCAACCGCACCUGGAGAUGAGCGUUGGAAUGAAGAACUCGUGGUGAUGGCCAACUUCCUGUACCUCCUGUUCAUGUUCCAGUGGCACUGCAGCUGGGUGACCUCCAACGCGUAUUCGUCGCCUUCCGUCGUGCUGGCAUCGCGGUCGCCCGACGGCUCGCAGCACAUCAUCGAUGACUUCCGUGAGGCCUACUACUGGCUGCGCCAAAACACCAAGCCCGACGCCAAGGUCCUGUCAUGGUGGGACUACGGGUACCAGCUGGCGGGCAUGGCGGACAGAACCACCCUUGUUGACAACAACACGUGGAACAACACGCAUAUCGCUACCGUCGGCAAGAUCCUGGCCUCGGACGAAGACACUGCGUAUGAGCUGGCCCGGCGCCACGACGUCGACUAUGUGCUGGUUGUGUUUGGCGGUAUGCUCGGGUACUCGGGCGACGACAUCAACAAGUUCCUGUGGAUGAUCCGCAUUGCCCAGGGCGUGUACCCGGACGACGUCGAGGAGAAUGCGUUCUUCACAGGCCGCGGCCAGUACUCGAUCGGCGACGAUGCCAGCCCGACGAUGAAGCGCUCGCUGAUGCACAAGCUCUCGUACUACCGCUUCAGCAGCGUCAUGGGCGGCCAGGGCAUGGACCGCGUGCGCCGCCAGCCGCUGCCAACCGAGGUCACCGUCGACAACUUUGAGGAGGCGUUCACGUCGGAGAACUGGAUGGUUCGCAUCUACAAGGUCAAGGAUCUGGACAACCUGGGCCGCAGCCAUCACAAGGUCGCCGACUUUGUGGGCCGUCCAUAGUCGGAAGGCACAGGCUUUUAAAAAGUGACAAUUUUUCUAGCAAAUCUUUUGGAGUAAAAUCCGAAUGCUCAACCCUCCCUGUGC